UGAUUUUGAAUUUUAAAUUCAAAAAACAAACAAACAAAGCCACAAACAAACAACAAACCCACAAAGGUAGUAAUAGUGGACAACAAGAUCGACAAGAAUAAAAAAAAAGAUAAUGGCAAUUCGUUUAAGAAUUAUAAUCGCUAUACUUGGUUCAUAUGCAUGUUCAUUAGUUUAUAUGCAUCGUUCCGGUAUUAGUGUUGCUGUUGUUGCAAUGACUAAAAAUCCUGUUGUUGAUCAAAAUCAAAACAUAUCGUCAUCAUCAUUCAAUUAUACCUCAUCAUCCAUAUCCGAUCAACCAUUAUAUGAUUGGAGUGAAACAUUACAGGGUAUUAUACUUGGUGCACAAUUUUAUCUUUAUAUUUUUGUACCAACAUUAGCCGGUAGAGCAACUGAUGCAAUUGGUGGUAAAUGGAUUGCAUUUUUCGGUGCAUUAGGUCCAUGUAUUUUAGCUUUAUUAACACCUGUUAUGAUUGAAUUUGGUAAUGCAUGGGCAUUAAUUAUUAAUCGUAUUUUGGUUGGUGGUUUUCAUGGUUUUACAUAUGCAGCAAUGUUUUCAUUAUAUGUUAAAUGGUUUCCAAUAAAAGAAUUAUCGAUGGCAAAUUCUGGUUUAAUAUUUGGUGGUUCAAUUGGUUCAACAAUAAUGUCAGCAUUAGCCGGUUAUAUUGCACAAUAUUGGUCAUGGCAAGCUGUUUUUUAUGUUAUUGCAUUAUUUCAUUUACCAUUCUUAAUUUUAUGGUUUAUUUUAUCGACAAACGAACCGGAUACAAAUCGUUUUAUAUCAUCUGAAGAACUUAUCUAUAUACAACAAAAUGUUCAACAAAAAAUUAUUUCGAAAAAAAUUAAAGCACCAUGGUUACGAAUGAUAUUUUCUAUACCGGUUUUAUGUUCAUUAAUAACAAAAAUGUGUUCGGGUUUUGGUUAUUUUUUAAUGAUAACAAAAUUACCAUCAUAUUUGGAGAAUGCAUUUCAAAUUGAAUUAUUUAAAAAUGGUUGGGUUUAUGCCGGUACAAAUCUUGCCAAUGGUUUAGCAAGUUUAUUAGCACCAACAAUUGCCAAUGUUUUAAUGAAUCGUUUUGGUAUUCGACGACUGAUUGUACGGAAAAUAUUUCAAUCAAUAGCAUUAUUUGGACCGGCAAUAUGUUUAGGAUUGAUACCGGCAUUCGGUUCAAAACCUGAACCAGUAAUUGUAAUGUUAAUUAUGGCAAUGAUGUUGUAUGGAUUUUUUAGUGCCGGUGAAUGGACAAUUAUAUCGGAAUAUGCACCAAAUUUUGCCGGUACUGUAUUUGGUAUGGCCAAUAUUUUAGCAUUUGCAAUGGGUGUUGUUGCACCAUAUAUUGUUGGCGUUCUAUUGGAUGAUAAAAAUUCAAAUCAUACUGAUAUGCAACAAUGGAAUAAAGUAUUUUAUAUUGCCGUUAUUAUCUAUGUUAUUGGUGGAUUAACAUUUUUAUUAUUUGCAACUGAUCAACAACAAACAUGGGAUCGUGAUGUAAUAAUUAUUAAAGAUAAUAAUCAUCAUGAUGAUAAUGAUGAUGAAAAAUGUAAAGUAAUUAAUUCAAAAAUUAGAAAUCGAUCGACAGAAAUUAAUACUAAUAAUAAUAAUAAUAAUGAUAGUGAUGAUCGAACAUCAAUAACAAUGACGUAAAAAACAAAUUUACCU